ACGACAGUUAAAAAAGACAAAAUCUUCCCUUUGUGGGAGCCUGGAAAAAAAAACGGAGACCAGUGUCCCUUCGCCGGCAUCCGAUUGGGUUCCGUGAGGGAACUGGUUGGAUUGACUUCGUCAAUCAAAGCCAAAUGACACUCAAGUUGCCAUUGUGAAUGCCGCCAAAUGGCUGUGAUAACAGAAGUUAAAAAAAGACUGAUGGAACAUUGGAAUUCCCCUCCUCUUGCCAUAACACCCACACACACAGCAAAUCAUGUCAAAUCUCUAGCCCUCAACUCAACCCGGAUUCUUGAUUACAAUUCCCGGCUUCAUCAUGUCAGUAUCAUCUAACAUGAACAAAAUUUUCAUCUGGGUAUUCCUGUUUUCAUUCUUUCUCCACUUCCAUUCAAUAAAAUCAGAUGAAGAAGAGGUUAGAGCAGCAUUGAGAAAUCUUAUCACGGGGCUCACAGAAAGCGCUUCCCCAAAUCAGGCUUCACCAUGGAAUUUAACCUCUUAUCCUUGCAGGGACCAUUGGGAUGGUGUCGCCUGUGAUAACAGGAACUCUCUGAGGAAUAUCACCCUUGAUGGCUUAAAACUUUCAGGAAAUCUUAAUGCCAGUUUCCUCUGCGACGUGCAAUCUAUAGCCGCGAGCCUAACUGUCAUGAGUCUCAAGGAUAACAACCUCCAGGGAGAAAGCCUGGCGGAGAUCGCCAACUGCAGACAACUCACACGCCUGUACCUUGGAGGAAACCGCUUCAAUGGCAGCCUUCCUGACUCGUUCCUGAGAUUGAAUAAUCUCAAAGUACUUGACAUAUCAUCGAAUAACUUCUCUGGCACUCUACCUGAUUUGUCCCGGAUAUCUGGUUUGAUAGAGUUCUCUGCUCAAAAUAAUCAGCUGUCUGGGUUUCUUCCCAGUUUUGAAUUUUCCAAUUUCCACACAUUUAAUGUUUCUAAUAACAAUUUUAGUGGACCUAUACCGAGUGGUGGCGUUCGCUUCCCCGCGAGUAGCUUCACAAAAAAUGAUCAAAUAUGUGGGCCUCCGCUUCCAAAUAGCUGCCCAUCAGCGUCCUCUGAUUCAUCCGACAAGCCAAAGGGGGGCUACUCAAAAGAUGAGAUUCUGACGUUCUUGGGCUAUUUCUUGCUAGGCUUGACUGUGUUGCUUGCCACCAUCGUCUUUCUCUGCAGAAGGUGCAAGAAAGCUGAAGCUAAGGUCGAAGCAGAUUCUAGAGUAGCUUCAGUUGAUGAUAGCAUCACUAAGCAAAUUUACACGCCGAGCAACUUCAAGACUGGUCCAGUCAGCAAGUCUGACUACUCGACUGCUUCAGGUGAAAGCGCAGUGGUACCGUCAUCACUAAUAGUUCUCAGUAGCCCUGAGGUGAGCGGGAUAAGGUUUGAGAAUUUACUCAAGGCUCCUGCUGAGUUGCUGGGAAGAGGAAAACACGGUAGCGUCUACAAGGUUUUCUCCGAAGAAAUGGGCAUGAUUUUGGCAGUAAAAAGGAUCAAGGAUUGGACAAUAUCUAGCUAUGAUUUCAAGCAGAGGAUGCGGAGAUUAGACCGCGUAAAACAUCCAAAUAUAUUGCCUGCCCUCGCUUUCUAUUCUUCCAAACAAGAAAAGCUCCUGGUGUAUGAAUAUCUGCAACAUGGGAGUCUUUUCAAUCUUCUCCAUGGAACGCAGAUGGGCCGAACCUUCGACUGGAGCACUAGACUGGACGUCGCUGCUAGCGUAGCUGACGGCUUAGCUUUCAUGCAUCAAGAGCUUCGAGAAGACGGGAUUGCUCAUGGUAACCUGAAAUCAUCAAAUGUACUGUUGACCCAGAACAUGGAGCCGUACAUAAGCGAAUAUGGGCUGGUGUUGGACAGUCAAGAUCCUUCAUUAGCUGGCAGUGAUAAUUCCUACCAAGGAAACGGAGAACAUCUCAACAGGGCAAUAUUCAGGGCGGAUGUAUACGCAUUUGGGGUAAUUCUGCUGGAGAUGCUGACAGGAAAGCUAGUCCAGAGUGAUGGACUGGACCUGGCGAGCUGGGUUGUGUCCGUGGUUAGAGAAGAGUGGACGGUUGAAGUAUUUGAUAGGACAUUGAUUCGGGAAGGAGCUAGCGAAGCGAGGAUGGUUAACUUGCUACAGAUUGCUCUUAAAUGUGUUAGUCGGUCCCAGGAAGCCCGUCCUAGCAUGAAUGAAAUUGCUGCCAUGAUGAGCACACUCAAAGAGGAGGAAGACAAAUCCAUGGACGAUGCUUCUGCAUUGAUUAGCACCUCAGUCUUUGAGAGAUCGCCAUAAUUGAUCCAGAGAAUUGCCGCUGUCAAAUUCCAGGAACAUCCAGGCAGAGACAGCAAAGUACCAUGCCAGUAGUAUUUCUUUGAUGACUGUUUGAGUUAGACGGCAUACCGUUACCCUGUUGCAUAUGAAGUACUACGAAUUAAGCACUUCAAGUUGCAGCUCGACUCGACUAGAGAGGAAAAUCCCCUUUUUGAACCUUGCUUUCACUGUUGAUUGUUCCGGAGUAAAACCUUACGAGUUUGGGAAUUCAUUAAUGCAAGUUUUUCUUGUUUCCUA